AGGCAUUUAUGAAGGCAUGGGCUGCAGCUUGUAAUUUCAAUGGAAAUGCAAGGCUUUUAAUUCCACCUGGAGUUUACAAGCUAUCUGAGACAAUAUUCCAAGGCCCAUGCAAAAGCCCAACUCCAAUAACUAUUUUUCUUCAAGGUACAUUACAAGCGGUUUCCGAUAUCUCCGCUUAUCCCGAUAAGGGUUGGCUUUCGCUCGAUACGAUCAACGGUGUUAUUCUCACCGGUGGAGGUACCAUCGACGGUCAAGGCCAGGCCGUGUGGCCCUACAAUGAUUGCAAGACCAAUCCCGAUUGCUUACAUUUGCCUGCUAGUUUAUACAUAACGAAAACGAGAAACGCGAAAAUCAAGUCGAUAAAUUUCAUAAACAGCAUGGGAUUCCACAUGCACAUAACUCAGAGCUACCUGAUUAGACUGCACAGCCUCACAAUCACCGCCGCGGAAAACUCGCCGAACACCGACGGCAUGCAUAUUAGCAAGUCAAACACGGUCAAAGUGUCGAGGACUCACAUCCGAACCGGCGACGAUUGUGUCUCCAUCGGACAAGGUUCCACUAAUGUCACCAUCAACCAGAUUACAUGCGGCCCUGGUCAUGGUAUUAGCGUUGGAAGUCUCGGAAAGCUACCAAAUGAAAUGGAUGUGUUAGGGCUAAUAGUGAAAAACAGCACAUUAAUUGGAACAACAAAUGGGAUUAGAAUCAAAACAUAUCCAGCUUCAGGUCCAAGCAGAGCUGCAGGAAUGUUGUUUAAGAACAUCAUCAUGCAAAAUGUCAAGAACCCGAUUAUCAUCGACCAAAACUACGGCUCCGAUUCCACCAAGCCGUCGCUAGUGAAAAUAAGCGACGUGAUAUACGAUAAUAUACGAGGAACGACGAUAUCGCCGGUGGCGGUGAAUAUAGUGUGCAGCUCAAAAGUGCCAUGCCAAAAUGUACACCUUCAGAAUAUAAAUCUGCAGCUAAAUGGGAAUCAAAAAACUACUUCCACUUGUGCUAAUGUCAAAUUAGGCUAUACUGGUCUUCAAUUUCCACCACCUUGUUAAUUUUUUAGCUUGUACCUUUUUUUUAUGCUUCACCAACUUGUACCUUGUUUUUUUUUUUUUAAUUCUCAAAAAAAAAAAAUGAAUUUGUUUUAUUUAUUUUGAUUAUUUGGAAGCUUAGAAAAUAGGGAAGAAAUUAUUAAUCAGAGCGUUGUUUUGGCUCAAUAUAUGUCUGAAAUUUGAGGAUUUUAAAUUUUUUAUUUAUUAGAAUGUUGUUUUCUAUUUUUUUGGUAGAGUGAAAAAAAAAAGGAAGAAUAAAUUUAAUUUUAAAUUGAUUAUUCAACUCUAAAUUUUAAUGCAUUUUAACGCUCUGGAUAUAUGCAUGCAAAAU